AAGUUUUACAUACAGGAAGGCAAAGCAGGGGGCAGCACCAGAGAAGAGAAGGAUUUGAACAGGAUUCAAACAGGACAAGGCGAACACUGGCAGGAACAGAGACAGCCUAUAUCUCCUACAUUUAACAUUUAAUUGAAUCAAUUUAGUUUCGUGUUAUUUUCAUUAUGAGGUUAAAAAUAGGUUUUAUUUUGCGCAGUUUGCUAAUCGUGGGCACUUUUAUAGGUUUGAUUGUGCUCUGGUCAUCUCGUACACCCAAAUCCAGCGACGAGAAACCAUUUGCUCAAGUGGAAGAAAGACUUGCCAGCAAUCCUCUGCCCAAUGUGAACGACUUGGAAAAAUUUAAUCCUGUGGUCCCCUGGCCUCAUGUAGAAGGGGUUGAAGUUGACCUAGAGUCCAUCCGACAAAAGAGUGAUGGUAAAAAAGGACCACCUGAUCCCCCGCAAGCUGGUGCAGAUGAUCAACAGAAUAUAAUGCAGAAACAGUAUGUCAACUUUAAGCCACAGAAACAUGUCUACCCAGAUCCUAUAUUGAGACCUGGAGUGUUGGGAAACUUUGAACUGAAAGAACCUGAGCCCCAAGGAGUGUCUGGUGGUCCAGGUGAGGGAGCAAAGCCAUUCGUGCUUGGGCCAGAUUACAAAGAUGCCAUCCAAGCUAGUGUCAAAGAGUUUGGCUUCAACAUGGUGGCAAGCGAUAUGAUCUCCCUGGAACGCACUAUAAGUGACCUGCGCCAUGAAGAGUGCAAGUUCUGGCAUUAUGAUGAGAACUUGCUUACUAGCAGUAUUGUUAUUGUCUUCCAUAAUGAAGGAUGGUCCACCUUAAUGAGAACUGUGCAUAGCGUUAUUAAACGGACACCUAGAAGAUACCUAGCGGAAAUUGUACUGAUUGAUGACUUCAGUAAUAAAGUUCACUUGAAAGAAAAAUUGGAGGAAUACAUAAAGCAGUGGAAUGGCUUGGUAAAAUUGUUUCGAAACGAGAGGAGAGAGGGCUUAAUUCAAGCAAGGAGCAUUGGGGCAAAAAAUGCUGUGCUUGGCCAGGUGCUGAUCUAUCUGGAUGCUCAUUGUGAAGUGGGAUCUAACUGGUAUGCACCACUAGUGGCUCCUAUCACUAAGGACAGAACCAUAUGUACAGUUCCUUUAAUAGAUUACAUAGAUGGAAAUGAUUAUACCAUUGAACCCCAGCAAGGUGGGGAUGAAGAUGGUUUUGCCAGAGGAGCCUGGGACUGGAGUUUGUUGUGGAAACGUGUGCCCUUAAGCAGCAAGGAAAAGGCUAAAAGAAAUCAUAAAAGUGAACCUUAUCGGUCCCCAGCGAUGGCUGGUGGAUUAUUUGCCAUUGAACGAGAUUUCUUCUUUGAACUGGGAUUAUAUGAUCCAGGUCUGCAAAUCUGGGGAGGAGAAAACUUUGAGAUUUCCUUCAAGAUUUGGCAGUGUGGAGGCCAGCUGCUAUUUGUGCCAUGUUCUCGGGUUGGACAUAUUUAUCGUCUCAAGGGGUGGCAAGGAAAUCCACCCCCUGCUCAUGUGGGUUCAUCCCCAACGCUGAAGAAUUAUGUCCGUGUUGUGGAAGUUUGGUGGGAUGAUUACAAGGACUAUUUCUACGCAAGCCGUCCUGAGACUAAAGCUCUAGCCUACGGAGAUAUUUCAGAGCUGAAAAAAUUCCGUGAAGAACACAACUGUAAAAGUUUUCGUUGGUUCAUGGAGGAAAUUGCCUAUGAUAUUCCAGAGCACUAUCCACUGCCUGCAAAAAAUGUGGAGUGGGGAGAGAUAAGGGGAUUUGAAAGCAAUUACUGUAUAGACAGUAUGGGUCACACCAAUGGGGGCUUUGUGGAAAUGGGGCCUUGCCACAGGAUGGGAGGAAACCAGCUUUUCAGACUCAAUGAAGCUAACCAGUUAAUGCAAUAUGACCAGUGCUUGACAAGUGGAUCUGAGUCCAAGGUUAUGAUAAGUCACUGUAGCUUGAAACAGUUUACAGAAUGGCAAUAUUUCAAGGGUUUGCACAGGUUUACACAUACACCUACAGGGAAAUGUCUAGAUCGUUCAGAGGUUCUUCAUCAGGUCUUUAUAUCAGAUUGUGACACAAACAAAAGUACACAGAAGUGGGAGAUGAACAACAUACUGUCUGUUUGAAAAACUGGACGUGCAGGACUGAAAACAAAAGUAACCUGUACAACUGCUGCACAUAGGAAUUUUUGAAGUGUAAAUAUUUUAAUGAAGGGGGAACUCUGGUAAUAGGCUCUUCAUUCAUGAAUUGUUUACAAAAUCGAUCAUUUGAAUGUUUCACCUUUUUAAGUCUUCAGAUGAUGCUUACAUAGUGUCCCCUUGGUUUCUUCUUACACCGUAAGCCUAUCUGUAAAGGGACAACUUUUCUUUGGGGUUUUGUUCAGGGGUCUACAAAUAUGUGGCUUUAUUAAAAAAUUGUGCAUUUAAAUUAUGGAUGGGAGUCAAUGCAGUUAUCCAGACAGAUCAUUUAAAAUACCUGUUUAAAAAUCCAAAAGCACUACCAAUGGUUUGGUUCUUUUAAAUCUCAUUUUUGUUUUUGUUCUUGGUUAUGUUCAAACACUACUGGGCUGAUAAAUUACACCCCAGAGGGAAGUGGUGGACUCUUGCCUCAUCCACUGGAAACUUCAGUGUUCUUUUAUAUCUGAGUCGUGUACAUGGAGAGGGCAUUUGUUGACGUAUAUUUUGCCGUUUUGGAAAGCAGUGACACUUUAUCAAUUAAUGUGGUCACUUUCAAAUAAAGUACUGCCAUUUAAUCAUGCUGUGCAUUUUUUUCUUUUUAGUGGGGAGGGUUCAUAUCUUGUCACCAAAGUGACAAUUUAUAUAAACUUGCGGUGGCUUUCAGUAGAAAUGUUGUCUAACUUGUUAAAGAAAAUAUGUAUUCGGCUCAUACAGAAAGUUUGAAUUAUUAUACAAGCGAAGACUCUACUUGUCCCCACGUAAACCAAUUAAUUGUUCAUUGCGUCCAUUUCAAUUUUCACAUGAACAGCCUGAUUUUGUGUUGACUAAAAUGUAAAAAUGCACUGUAAAUGUUUUAUUCCAUACUCUGAUUUAUAUGAAGAUAAUUGCUAGAACGGGUACAUAUUUUAAAUAAGAAAUAUUUAAAUUCAUACCAUCUUAAAAAGAUGAAUUGUUCAUUGAAGGUCAAAUAAUAUCUGAAUCACUGAAACAGUAGUAAAUUACAUGGAUGUUAAAACAAAUACUUGUCUACAGGGCAAGCUAUGCAUAACUAGUUGAACGUAUGCAAAUUUUUAUCAAAUGUAAAUAUAGAUGCUGUUUCUAUAUAAAUGAACUACUUGAGAUUUACAAUGGGUCUUUUAAUGAAGGUGUAUAUGUAUGUAUGUCUUUUGUCUAUGGGGAAAUAAAUUUAUCUUUUUA